AUGGCGGCUCUUCUGUAUUUCCCUAAAAUCUCUUCAGAAGUGACCUCCUCACAUUUUCUCUCUCUUUCACCUAUGGAUUUGAGGAGACUCUCUCGCGCCAGCUACUUCUUCUUCACGCGCCGCUUGAAAUCCACAUCACACGCCCGGAAAAGCUUCCACACGAGCCCGUACCUGCAACAGCAGCUUCAUCGGCCGGGUAAAUCGGAAGAAGCAUCCUCUGAUCGGCAUUUGCGCGAACGUUUAUCUGCGGCUUUGUCAAGGAGAUCUCUAGAUUACGAGCAGUGUAAACAAAUCAUCACCAUUUUAUCGCCUCACGAAUUCGAUAGGUUGUUUCCUGACUUUCGAUCCAAAGUUAAUCCCAAGACGGCUUUGGACUUUUUCCGCUUAGCUUCUGAUUCGUUUAGCUUCUCCUUCAGCCUCCGUUCUUAUUGUUUAUUGAUAGGUUCGUUGCUUGACGCGAAUCUGGCGUCGCCUGCUAGGGUAGUUCUGAUUCGUUUGAUCAAUGGGAACGUUCCGGUUUUGCCUUCUGCUAACGAUUCGAGAGAUGGUAGAUUUGCGAUUGCAGAUGCAAUGGUGAGUCUGAGUUUGUGCUUUGAUCAAGAAAUCAGAAGCAAAAUGUCAGAUUUGUUGAUUGGAGUUUACUGCACAGAGUUGAAUCUUGCUGGUUGUUAUUUAGCUCUUGAUGUAUUCACUCUUCUUGCAAGCAAGGGUAUGUUUCCUUCGAAGACGACCUGCAACAUUUUGCUGACUUCUCUAGUGAGAGCCAAGGAGUUUCAAAAGUGCUGCGAAGCUUUCGAAGUUUUUUGCAAAGUUGUUUCUCCUGAUGUCUACUUGUUCACUACAGUGAUUAAUGCGUUUUGCAAGAGUGGGAAAGUCGAUGAGGCCAUUGAGUUGUUCUCGAAGAUGGAGGAAGCUGGUGUUGCGCCAAACGUUGUUACUUACAAUAAUGUCAUUGAUGGGCUUGGGAUGAGUGGGAGGUACGAUGAGGCAUUUAUGUUUAAAGAAAAGAUGUUGGAGAAAGGUGUGGAGCCAACUCUCAUCACUUAUAGUAUUCUUGUCAAGGGUUUGACCAAGGCGAAGAGGAUUGGUGAUGCUUAUUGUGUCUUGAAGGAGAUGACAGGGAAAGGGUUUCCUCCUAACGUUAUUGUAUAUAAUAAUUUGAUUGAUUGUUUUAUCGAGGCUGGAAGUUUGAGCAAAGCUAUUGAGGUAAAGGAUGACAUGGUUUCGAAGGGGUUGUCUCUCACAUCGUCGACGUAUAAUACUCUCAUAAAGGGAUAUUGCAAGAGUGGUCAAGCAGAUACUGCAGAGCGUCUCCUGAAGGAAAUGCUGUCGAUGGGUUCAACUGUAAAUCAGGGCUCUUUUUCGUCUGUAAUUUGCUUGUUGUGCAGUCAUCGGAUGUUUGACUCAGCAAUUCGUUUUGUUGGAGAGAUGCUACUGAGGAACAUGAGUCCUGGUGGUGGAUUACGUACUACGUUGAUAUCUGGUCUCUGUAAGCAUGGGAAACACUCAGAGGCAGUAGGACUUUGGUUUAAACUUCUAAGUAAAGGUUUUGUAGUUGACACGAAGACUUCGAAUGCUUUGCUUCAUGGACUCUGCGAAGCAGGGAAGCUGGAGGAAGCUUUUAGGAUUCAGAAAGAGAUAUUAGGGCGUGAUUUGGUUAUGGAUAUAGUUUCUUAUAACACAUUGAUUGCUGGAUGUUGCAGAGAGAGGAAACUGGAAGAAGCUUUUAUCUUCAUGGAUGAAAUGGUUAAGAAAGGACUUAAGCCCGACAAUUAUACUUACAGCAUAUUGAUCCGUGGGCUGUUUGAUAUGAAUAAAGUCGAGGAGGCGAUACAGUUUUGGGGUAACUGUAAACGGAAUGGUAUGGUUCCAGAUGUUUAUACAUAUUCAGUGAUGAUAGAUGGAUGCUGUAAAGCUGAAAGAGCUGAAGAGGGCCAGAGAUUGUUUGAUGAGAUGAUAAGCAAGAACGUGAAGCCAAAUACGGUGGUUUACAAUCAUUUAAUUGGAGCAUACUGUAGAAGCGGGAGGCUAUCAAUGGCCUCGGAACUCCGGGAAGAUAUGAGGCACAAAGGCAUUUCACCUAAUUCUGCUACAUAUACUUCACUAAUAAAGGGUAUGUCAAUCAUAAGCCGUGUUGAGGAGGCAAAACUUCUCUUCGAGGAGAUGAGGGAGGAGGGUUUGGAACCGAACGUCUUUCAUUAUACAGCACUUAUUGAUGGAUAUGGUAAAUUGGGUCAGAUGAUCAAAGCUGAAUGUCUUUGGCGUGAGAUGCAUACGAAGAACAUACACCCAAACAAGAUUACCUAUACCGUGAUGAUUGGGGGGUAUGCCAGAGACGGGAAUUUAACAGAAGCUUCUAGGCUUUUAAAUGAGAUGAGGGAAAAAGGAAUUGUUCCAGAUUCUAUCACGUAUAAAGAAUUUGUAUAUGGAUAUCUUAAGCAGGGAGGUGUUCUGCAAGCUUUUGAAGGGUCUGAUGAAGAAAAUUAUGCAGCAAUCAUUGAAGGAUGGAAAAAAACUCAUACCAUAGGUGAUGAAUAA